AGAGUACCUCUGUGAUCUGUGCUCGCAGCAUAGCAGCAUCUGUGCUCGCAGCAGUAAAAUAAUUUUAAUUAUUUUACUUUCUCUAUGGCUCGCAGAUAAGGUAUCAGAAUCAAAAAAGAAUCAUCAGAUCAGAAACUUGUCUUUAUCGUUGGUCAGUAUAGUUUUUAUCGUGGGACUGCAGAUUGACAGUGGGGACUAAGGUUAUGCACAGAACAUCGCCCCUGGCGAUAUUUUGUGUGUUUAUGUUUUCUGGAGUUGUUCAGAAAAAUGUCAUCUGUUUCGGUAUUUUGCUGUUUAAAGGGCUGCUUGGAUGGAUUUAAUUUCAAUGAGACGACAAAACAUACAUCAAUAUUGAGCCCCAUUCAGCUAGACACAUCGUUUAUGGGAUAUGAAGUGGUUAUUGUAAAAAGAGGCCAACGUGUUUGCGGGGCGGGUGCGGUUUUAAGCAAUGCCCCAUUGGCCCAGUCUAAAUCCUAUUUCGAAGUGAAAGUGCAGCAAGCAGGAUCUUGGUCUGUAGGAUUAGCCACAAGACAAACUGACCUAAGCUUAACUCUUGGGGGCAUGGAUGAGUUUUCAUGGGCUUUGUGUAGUGAUCACAUAUUUAGGCACAACAAACAGGAAGAACACAAACUAAACUUAUCCAGCAAAGAGGGUGUUCAGAGUAUUCAAGAGGGCGAUGUCAUAGGUGUAGCUUUCGACCACAUUCAGCUUAAGUUUUUUGUGAAUGGAACUGAGCUCGACUAUUCAAUGACUAACAUCAAAGGAACGAUAUAUCCAGCUUUAUAUGUAGAUGAUGGGGCGAUAUUAGAUAUAAUUUUAGAAAACUUCUGCCACACUCCACCACAGGGAUUUGAAAAAAUCAUGCUAGAGCAAUCUCUGCUGUGAAACACUUUAGUGGGGCGCAAUGAGUUUCAACUACGCACGCAUAUAUAUAAACAAUAACUUGAAUUGGCUUCUCUUAACUUUCAAGUUGUUAGUAGAUUAAUCUGUGAUACUCCAGUGAAUAGCAGCUUUACACUGGAAAUAUUUUGCAUGAAAAUCAUAUUAUUGAUUGGUAUCGGAGGCGUGCAUAUUAUUUUUUUAAAACAAAUUUAUAUUCUAAGCGCACAUACCUACAUAUAUGAAAGCGAGCAAGAACACAUUUUAAUAUUAAAACUAAUGUAUAGGUAUAAAACUCACCGUAAUUUACUAUUGGAUCUCCGACGGCAACUCAUCAAAAUAUUCCCAAAAUCCUGUGGAAACCGUGGUAACAUAUUAGUGACCAAUUGAAGAAACCUGAAUCUGAUCUGUCUUCAUCACAUAAUACUUUGGUAUUUCAAGCUGAGUGUAGCACGAACAGUUACACUGAUUUAAGCAUAUGCAUGAUCAAAUAACUGACAUUUCAACUAGAUACUCUUAUAUAAAACACAGUUUCAGCCCGAAUAUGGAUAUACGCGCCCUAUACAAGCUUGAAUUAUUUUAAUCCAUAAAAUUGGUAUAAUUUAUAACCGUAACUAUUAACUUGAUUUGGUUAAAAGUUUAUAAUAAAAUGAUAUGUGCUGUUGAAUUGUAAUUUAAGCUCAA